UGGUCUGGUCACAAGCAGGACCUCUCAGAAUCCUGCCAUAAAAUGCACAGCCUUUUCCAAGACACACAUGUAUAUGCUCACUCUCAGAAACACAUGUGAACACUUACAUUAACGUGAAAGAGGGCGUGAGACAAGCCUCAGGGCUGAGCAGACGUUUGCUGGAGAGGAAUCAGAAUAGACAAAGGUGGACAGCAUUGAACUUUAGUGAGCCACUGAAUGAAGGGAUCAGCAUGACAGUCUUCCUUCUCCUCCUCAUCCUCAGCGAGGUCCUGCUCCCCAACCUCACCUGCGCAUCCAGAGUGCACAGGCAGACCACAAAGGUUCGGAUCAGUGCUACAGGAGACACCAUCAUGCUGAAGUUCCUGCAACCACACAUGGACACUAAACUGGAGGGCUACAUCCUGGGUUACGGCAGCAGCUUAUUCUCCAAACAGUUCAUCCAGCUCCCUGUGGAUGGGGAACCGUAUGAAACUGAAAUUGAUGCUGAGCCAAAAUAUCUAGUUGCAGUACAGCCAAUCCAACGAGAACAGGUGAAGAAACCAUGCACAGGGAAGGAGACUCUGGAAAAGCCUCUGCAUCUGUUGAUUGGCUCGGUGACCCAGAACUCAGUGAAGCUGUCCUGGGGCACACUGCUAAAUUCCCUUUCCUCUGAAACCAACCUGGAUGACUGCAUUAAGGACGGUCAAUACACCGUGCGCUACAGGGAGAAGGAUCCUGAAGAGAAGUGGAACUAUCAGACAUGUCCCACGACAGAUACAAUCAUUGACCAACUCAAACCAGACACGCCGUAUGAGUUUGGGGUCCGAGCAGAGGCUGACAAUAUUAAUGGAGCCUGGAGCCCUCCAGUAACCCAAAACACAGCUGAAAAAGAUAUAGACAUUCAUAAACCAGUGACGCCUGAUAACUUUGUGAGGCCUAAGAAGCCCAUCACCGAAAGCCCUCAAGUUUUCUCCGCCUCAGUGCCUGUUCUUCACAGAGUGACUGAGAGCAGACCUUCUUCCCUCCUCAGACACACAGCACCCCCUCCGACACAGAGGGUAACUCCAGCAAAAGAUAUUGACAAUCAUAAACCAUGGAAACCUAAGAACAUUUUGAGGCGUAAGAAACCCACCACCAAACCCCUUCAAGUUUUCUCCCCCUCAGUGCCUGACAUUCGUAAACCACUGAAGCCUGAGAUCUCUCUGAGGCCUGAGAAGCCCAUCACCGAAGGCCCUCAAGCUUUCUCCCCCUCAGUGCCGGUUCUACAUAGUGUGGCUCAGAGCAGACUGGCCCCCAUUCUCAGACACCCAGCACCCCCUCCUACACAGAGGGUAACUCAAGACAUUCAUAAACCACUAAAGCCUGAGAAUUUUAUGAGCCCUAAGAAGCCCAUCACCGAAAGCCCUCAAGCUUUCUCCCCCUCAGUGCCUAUUUUGCAAGGCGUGACUCAGAGCAGACCUGCUUCGCUCCUCCGACACACAGCACCCCCUCCUGUACCGAGGGUAUCUCUGGGAACAGAAAGUGAUGGCAUAAGAACGUCACGUCCUUCUGAAGAUUCAUUGUUCUUGAUCCAGACCCUCACCUCAACUCACACACCAAUGAGUAAUUUAAAAACCACUAAUGUUCUUCAUGCUCACCAUUCUACUAUGUCAUCUCUUUCAAUUACAACUCAACAACCACUUCACACAACACAAUCCCAAAUGACCACAAGUAAAACUCUAUUCAACACAGCCAAAACACAGACCAACACAACCAAAACUAUAUCUAACACAGUCAAAGCUCAACUCAACUUCACCAAAAAGAAAACAACUCAACCCCACAACACAAUUCAUCCCCAACCUGAGUCCAGCACAACCAAAUUACAAUUGGGCACACCCACGUUCCAACUUAGAACGGCCCAGUUCCAACAUCACACAGUCAAAUACCCUCAUAGAACAGCCCCGCCCAAACCCAGGUCACCCCAAUCAUAUACAAUUCACCCUCAAAUGAGUAUAAACCAGUCCCAACACAGCACAGCUAAAGGCCAACUAAAAAUGACCCAAAACAAGUUUACAACUCUUGAACCUAUCACAACUCGAUCCCAACCUCACACAACCCAACCUAACUCUAUUACAACCCAAUCCCAACCUCAUAUACCUCAUCCCAAACUCAUUGCAACCCAUUCUCCACCCCAUAAAACCCAACCCCAGUCUAUUAGAACCCAAUCCCAGCCCCACAUAACUCAACCCCAUUCCAACACAAAACAGUCUCAACCCCACAAAACUCAACCCAAUUCAAGUGCAACCCAAUCUCCACCCCACACAAUCCAACCUCAAUCCACUGCAACCCAAUAUCAACUAAACAUAACUCAAUCCCAAACUAACACAGUAAAAUACUACCCAAGAACAGUCAAACCCCAAUCCGGCACAAUCCACUCUCAAACCGACAGAACUCAACCCCAACCUACCACAAUCCUGUCUCAACUCCAUACACCCCAACCCCAACCCCAACCCAUUGCAAUCCAAUCUCUACCCCAUGCAACUCAAUUCCAAACUAGCCCAGAAAAAUACUAUCCAAGAACAGCCCAACCCCAACCCACUACAACCCAAUCACAACCCCACAUAUCCCAAUCCCAAGCCAUUACAAUCCAAUCUCAACCCCAUGCAACUCGAUUCCAAACUAGCACAGUAAAAUACCCUCCAAGAACAGUCCAACCCCAACCCACUACAACCCAAUCACAACCCCACACAUCCCAAUCCCAAACCAUUAUAAUCCAAUCUCAACCCCAUGCAACUCAAUUCCAAACUAGCACAGUAAAAUACCAUCCAAGAACAGUCCAACCCCAACCCACCACAACCCAAUCACAACCCCACAGAUCCCAAUCCCAAACCAUUCCAACCCAAUCUCAACAUCACACAACUCAAUCUCAAUCUAGCCCAAUAAAAUACCAUCCAAGAACAACCCAACCCCAACCCACUACAGCCCAAUCACAACCCCACACAUCCCAAUCCCAAACCAUUACAAUCCAAUCUCAACCCCAUGCAACUCAAUUGCAAACUAGCACAGUAAAACACCAUCCAAGAACAGUCCAACCCCAACCCACCACAACCCAAUCACAACCCCACACACCCCAGUCCCAAACCAUUACAACACAAUCUCAACCCCACACAACUCAAUCCCAAAAUAGCACAGUAAUACACCAUCUAGGAACAACCCAAACUCAACCCACCACAACACAAUCUCAACCCCACACAACUCAAUCCCAAAAUAACACAGUAAUACACCAUCUAGGAACAACCCAAACUCAACCCACCACAACACAAUCUCAACCUCACACAACACAAUCUCAACCUCACACAACACAAUCUCAACCCCACCCCAUUAAAACCCAAUCCAAUUCAACCAAACACACAGAAAAAACAAUGAAAUACAAAUUGACCACACCCCGAUCCAAAUCCAGAAAAAAAAAACAAAAGACCAGAGCACCCCAUUCCCGCAAAGCACAACCCAAACCAACUACAACCCAGUCCAGUACAGCUAAAUACCAACCUAACUUCAGAUCCCAUGAACAGCCUGUCACAAAAGGACAUGCCAAAGAUAUAACCAACCUGAAAUUUACACAUGAACCUGAUACUUACCACCAAUUCAGCACAACAUUAGAAGAGUUAAGCACUACUGAAUUCCAACAAGCAGACCAUCACCCAACAAGUGCUACAAUAAAACAUUCUAACACCAACACAUGGCAAAAUGAUAAAACUGAGCUUACCCUCAUAAGUAAGCCAAAGCAACCUGUACAAAACUCUAACAGUCAAAACUCGCCUUGGGAUGAAAAGAAGCUGGUCAACAAGACGCUCCCAGUCAGCAAAAUGGCUCCAAGCCAAUCACGGGAUGGACAUCUAACAAAGCCUGUUCUUAUCAGUGGGGCACCGAAUAGGAACCAGGGCCAAGACAUGUCUUCACCUUCUGCUCCUGUGACACGCACUUCAGCACCUACAGUAACCAAGCGUGUCCCUACACUCUCUGUUCCUAAUCCAAAACGGUUGCCUCCUACCGACUUAAACGCCUCUAACAAGAGUACAAAGGAAUUCGAUAAUGAGAAGCACAAGGGACUGUCAUUGGACAAACUUUACAAGAAGCCUCCAAAAAAGUCUGGUAAAUUAGAAACCAAAUCAAACAAAAUCAAGAUGCAGUCAAACCAGGUGGACAAAGAUGAGGAUAAGGAUAAAGUAAUUGAUCCAAAGCUGGUGGAUACUCUACCAAUUCUGAAACCUUCACCUGCUCCUCCUACCACAGAAAUCUAUCAAACACCAACACCAACAACCACACCAUUUUUUGCCUCUAAUGGUAGCUGGUAUAACAUGGGUGACAACUCCUCUGUAUUCAGUCCUUUUCCUGUCUCAGAAGUGGACUCAACGGGAAAGAAACGCUUUGUAGCACCUCAUGUGAUCUAUCAGAUAGACAAGUCUCCAGAGCAGCCAUGUUCUGUCACUCACUCUCUCAGCUUCUUUCCUGAUGAGGAAAAUGGGGUAACAAACAUCACAGGCCCACCCAAGACUCCUCCCACCAACCUCACUGUGGUUACUGUGGAGGGAUGUCCCUCAUUCGUCAUAAUUGAUUGGGAGAAAACAGACAAUGAGACAAAAGAAUAUGAGGUCACAUCCUCUGUUAUCAGUCCAAAUGGACAUGCCGUAUCUGUCGUAACGACCAAUCAGACACAUACAGCUGUGGAGAACCUGAAACCAGAGAGCAGUUAUGAGUUCACAGUGACACCUAAGAACGAGCUUGGUUCAGGACCUUCCAGUGAGCCAGUAUCCUUCAGCACUGAGUCAGCGGACCCUCGGGUGAGUGAAAUCCCAAGUGGUAAAAAUGCCAUCUGGUCAUCAUUCUCAUUCAAAGCGGACUCCUACUCUGAGUGCACUGGAACCCAAUAUGUGAAACGUACAUGGUAUCGCAAGUUUGUGGGAAUUCAGCUGUGCAACUCACUCAGAUACAAGAUCUACCUAAGUGAUUCACUAAAAGGGAAGUUUUAUGACAUUGGGGAUGAGGCUGGAUACGGAGAGGAUCAUUGUCAGUUUGUUGAUUCCUAUCUGGAUGGAAGGACUGGAGGCCCGAUUCCAGCAUACCAGUUACCACUCAAACAAGGUUAUUUCCGGUCCAUGCGCCAGGAGCCUGUGAAGUUUGGAAAGAUUGGUGGUAACACCCACAUCAACUAUGUAGCCUGGUACGAGUGUGGAGUCCCCAUACCUGGGUCAUGGUAGGACCCCUGAAGCUGAGGAUGUGCUCUAUUAGAAUGUAUACUGUGUGAGAGAUGACAAAGCUGACAAUGUAUAAAGAUGUACAGAAAGGGAAAAAAAAGGAAAAGAAAAAAGUUUUAUUGAAUGUUAUCAGCAGUAUCUAAUGGCUUCAUACUAUUUAUAUGCAAAACAAAUUUAUCAAACAUUUAGAGAAAUAGCAGAGUUUAUGAAAGUACGGGGUAGCAGGCUCCCUGAAUGUUUAAAACGAGUAUAUUAUUUAUCAAGAGGCUGGGGAUAACAUAGAGUAAUUUCCUGACAAUUGGCAAAACAGAUGGAAUAAGCAACAAGAGGUAAUUUGAUCAUAUUGUGCAGCUGUUUAAUAUGCACAGUAAAACACAAACACUUGAGAUGGAAUUUUAUGCACUAAGUCUAAUACACAUCCAUUUCACAUGAAUUAAGUUAGAAAAUACACUGCCUGGCCAAAAAAGAAAAGUUGCCAUUUGAAUUUAAAUAAGCAAAUACCUAAGAGCCUUUGAUUGGAUAAUUACUGCAGUGAUCGGUGUGU